AUGUUACGUUGGCAACACAUUUUAUUAUGCUUAUUAAUAUUAUCAAUCAAAUUUUCAUCUGUAAAACCAUCUAUUCUAUCGACUAAAUUCAAUAUAACUUUAAUAACCCCACACAAUACAUCAUUACCAACUACAACACCUCAUAAAUCAGUGCUUGUUAAAUAUAAAUUACCACAUGAUGAAAAUCAAUGGACUAUCGAUUUUUCUUGUCGUUCAUCAAAUGUUCCGCGUUUAUUAUAUGGAGUAAAAAAAUUAAAUUCCAAUGAAUAUAAUAUGUGGUGGCGUAUGUAUGUUAUUCGUGUUCGUCAAUUUCGACGAAAAUUAAUUCAAUUAGUAUGUGAUUCAAGAACAUUAUCAAAUAUAAAUCAAAGUGCUAUUGAAAUAUUAUCGCCCGAUCUUUUUCUUAUGAAAGAUGAUUAUUUAUUAAUUGAAUGUGAAAAUACUCCACAAGCUAGUUGUUAUUUUCUUAUUUAUUAUACCUAUAAAUCAAACUUAAUUAAAAAUGACAAUAUUUGUCAAAAAAAUGAUUUUUUUGAUUUAUUCAAACUUCUACCAUCAAGAGAUAAGCUCAAUACAAAUCAAAGUACAAUGAAAAAAUCGAGUAUUCAUGGAUCAACAAUAUUCUUGUUAAUAUUUAUAUUAUUAUUAAUCAUUUGGAUAUCAAUUAUAAUUGGUUGUAUUAUAAUGCGACGUAUACGUGGAUUAGUCAAUUUUCGUACGGAACCAGCAUUUCCAUUUUCAUCGCAAAAAUAUAAUUCAACAAGUGGAGCUCGAGGUGGGAAUGAUAAUUAUCAACAACGAACAGGUGAUGCAGAUCAAAUUAUGCAAAUAGAUGUUGAACAAGCUGGUCUUGCUAGUUGA